AUGGAACCAACAGUGGAAGUAAAAGAUGAAGAGGUGAUGACGUGGGUUAACGACAACAAAAAGAAAUAUAUUAAAGCAUUUUUCGAAUAUUUUCAUGAUAUUUACGACGAAUAUUUAGUAAAGAUUGUAGAGUGUAAAAAAAUAGAAGAGUAUACAGAGGUAGAAAGAAAGCUUAUGGGACCGGACCCUCUUUCAAAACCAGGAAAAAUACCAACACGCCUCAACAAACCAACGACGAAAGUACUUGCAGUAUAUUAUUUUAUAUCUUUAUUCCUAAUAAAACGGGCAGGACAGGGAUUAAAUUUACUCUUAGAAGGAAUAAUAUAUCGUGCGAGAGUUGCUGCGCUUAAUUAUGAACAAAUCAAAAAGGAGAACGCAGAAAUUUUGGAUAAUUUUGAAAAAUUGGAAAAAAGAGUGGGCGAUAGUGAUCUAACAAGUGGACUAUUGAUUGCAGAUCUGGAAAAUCGAAUUCGAAAUUUAGAAGCUGAUGUAAUAGCAAAGGAACGAAUUAUAUUGGAGAAAAAUGAAGCAAAUAAUAUUUUAUGGGAAAAAAUAAAAGUAUUAGAAGAAAAAGAGGAACUGCCAACGAGUAAUUCGACAAAUAUGGAUUUGGAGGAACAGCCAACGAGUAAUUUGAAAAAGAAAAAACGCCCAAACAAAAAAAGGAAACGGGCGCGCGCUAAUCAUAUCAGAAAUGGGACGAUCAACGAAAUCGAUUUGGGAACGAUCGGAGAUAAUAAUGAUAAAGAUUAUCUGGAUAAAUAUUAUGCUGAAAGGUCACGUGAUAUUACAUUUUAUGAUAUACCAGCGUAUUGGACUGACAAGGAGAUUUUUGAUCUAUUGAACGACAAUGUGGGUCACGUUGAGUAUAUGUGGACUAAACGAUGUCAUAAGUACAAGACCGUUAAGACAAUGCUGCGCUUCAGCAAAGAGUACGAAAAGAUAUACAAAGAGGGUGGCGUUAACGUGUCUUUACCAAGGAAAAAUCGUACUUAUUUUAUACGAAUGUUUGAUUCAUGCUUACAAUACGCUGAGAUUAAACAUAAAUUCCGUUGGCAAGCUGUUAAACGAAUAACAGAUAGUGAAACUCAAUAUGAUGAUGUUAAUAUAAUCAAAGACUUUGUGAAGACAUACCGUGGUUUUUUUGGAAAAAUCAUUAGAGUUAAAGGAAUACGGUUUUUAAUUUUAUAUUUUAAUAAGGAAAAGGAAUUGCUGAACGCGAUUACGGAAUCGAUGAAAGUUUACAAUAUAGGACAGGAAUUUUUACUUAAGAAAGAGAAUGAUUGUAUAGACGAAAAUGGCGAUAUACAAGAAUUGAAUAGAAGACCGCCGUGGAGAAGAAGACUAAAUGAUUUUAUCGAUGAUAAUAGAUAUAUACGAGAAUAUUCACGAGGGACGAAUAAUUGGAACAGGGCCUCAAGACCGUCUAGACAAGAAUAUAAUAGGGGAACGAACAAUCGGUAUAGAGAUUCAAGAACAUAUGAUUCUCGGAUGGAGUGGGAACAACAACGUGACGAAUAUACGCAUUCCGCUUUGUUAAGAAUGAACAAACAAUGGAGAUAA